GUCACUUCCUCUGUUUGUUGGCCGUUUAUAAGGAGGAAGAAAGACUGUCUCCAUCGGGUGCAUUUAUAUUUAUAAGUGUUGUCAUAAAAGUGGCUGCUUUUCUACAGUGUGAUCCGAACUAGUCCACGACUCUGUGCUAGGAGCACUGUUUUGGUUUGUUUUGCCUGGUGACGCACACAGCACAACUCCACCCUGCAGUAUGAGAGAGUUGAACCCCAGUGAGAUAAUGGAGGCGGAGCAGGCUCUGAAACUACAUUUCCCAGAAUCCCUGAAGGUGUACGGCUGUGUGUUCAACAUCAACAGAGGCAAACCACAGAACCUGGAGGUGAUUGUUGACUCCUGGCCGGACUUCAGCGCCAUAGUGUGCAAGCCAAAGAUAAAGGGUGCCCGUGACCGCGAGGGGGACUUCAACAUCCACAGCAUGUUCUCCAGAGACCAGGGCAGCCUGAGGAGGCUACUGGACAGCCCAGGCCUGCUGGACUGGGGCCUCUACACCCUGCUGGCAGGAGUGGACCUGAACUAUCUGGACGCUGUGAAGGCCCUCAUGGAUCAGCACCAGGUGCCCUCUCGGACACAGGGCGUGAUGCGCGUGCUGAGCCUCCAGUCUCCCGCUCAGCUCCGACCUCACCGGAGUCCUCCCGGUUGUCUGAUCCAGCCGCUCCGGCCGGAACACGCGGAGCUCGUCAACGGCAACUGGAAGUACGGCGGCGACGCCGACAGCUACAACUCCGUGCGGAGGUACAUCACGCACCUCCCCAGCCUGUGCGUCGUUCCCGAAGACGGCUCGGCGGCGGGAAGCCCCGUGUCGUGGGUGCUGUUGUAUCCGCACUCCGCGCUGGGACUGCUCUACACCUUACCGGAAUACCGACGGAGAGGAUACGCGAGGGCGCUGGUGUCGCGGUUCUCGGAGAUGCUGUUCGAGGAGGGGUAUCCCGUGUACUGUUUCGUGGAGGAGGGAAACAGCGCCUCCUGCAGCCUGUUUCAGUCAAUGGGCUUUGGGGACAAGGAGAGUUACCGUUCUGUUUGGUUUGAAUUCAAUGGGCAAAUGAAUGUAUGUUGAUUCUCAUGAAAAAUACUUGAAAAAAUGUAAUUAUCUUUUUAUAGGAUUGUCAGGCUCUUACCUUACCAAUACAUAAAGUGAAGCACACAAAUCCUCAAUAAGCA